GUGGUGGUAGCAGCCACCACUGGAGCAAGCUUCGCAAACCUUCGUGUGACCAAAAGCUUCAGACGGAAAGACAGGAAAACUGAGGGAGUUGCAUACUGAGAGAGGGAAACAGAGCUGAAGAGUUGGAGUUGAACAGGUGAACGGCAAUUAGAGUCGGCGCAGUGAGGACCCUGGGUUUUGGAAACGAGUGAAAAGCAAGACAGGGAGAGCGGGAAUAGCAUUCUCCGACUGGGUUUACUAGGUUGGACUCGACAGAGUCUGGGCUCGGCUGACCGAAAGGAGAAUCAGAAUAAGAAGUCAGAGUCAGGAAUCUCCAAAUUUACUCAUCGCCUGUCCCUCAAAGAACGUCCAGCGAAGGCAGAGAAGACUUCAUCAGACAGGCCUCCAUCCUACAGGAGACGAUCUCUUAGUGUGGACUGGGCUGACUCGGCCAAAAUGACGCAGCCCAUGAGAGGGGACCAGGCCCACCAGCCGGCCUCGGCUCGCAAGUCUGCCAGCCUCUCCUCACCAAGCGCAGCUCGCCGCCUUUACCGCAAUUUGUCUGGAAAGUUCCGCGUGGGCACCAACCCCCCUGCUCUCGAGGACAGCGUGGUGUCAGGACGGGGAGGAGACAAGGAGAGGCUGCGCAAAACCACCAUAUUUCAGAGUAAUGAAGCUCUGUUUGAGGCAGUGGAACACCAAGAGUUGGACCUGGUACAGCUCCUUCUCUCACAGUACAGUCUAGAGGAGCUGGAUCUCAACACUCCUAACAGCGAGGGCCUCCUGCCCCUUGAUAUCGCCAUCAUGACCAAUAAUGUGCCCAUGGCUAAGCUUCUGCUGCGAGCCGGUGCCAAGGAGAGCCCCCACUUUGUGAGUCUGGAGGGCCGAGCAGUUCAUUUGGCCACACUGGUGCAGGAGGCUGAGCAGCGAGUAUUGGAGCUCCAGCCCCAGGUGCGGAAUGAGGGUCCCGGUGAGCGGGAGGGAUCUGACCGUGAGCGACAGCUAAAAGCUUGGGAGUGGAGGCUCCGGCUCUUCAGACGCAUGCAGACAGGCUUUGAGCAUGCCAAUCCUCCAGAUGCUCCCAGUGUAAUUUCCCUCUCUGUCAGCAGCAGCACCAGUCUAAAAGUUGACUUCCAGGAACCUCUUUGUGUCAACUCUGCUGUGGUUACCAAAUACAAAGUGAGCUGGAGCAGUAAUCCCUCAUUUAGUCCGCAACUUGGUGAGAUGAUAGUGGAUGAUACCACUCAACUGCAGUGCAACAUUACUGGACUAACACCUGGGACCUAUUACUACAUACAGGUGUCAGCGUAUAACAUGAAGGGCUGGGGGCCUCCAAAAGUUUCCACUCCAGCCUGCGCUGCACCUUCCAGUUGGAGGGAUAUUGAUGGACGCGCUCCACGUCAGAGAGGCCAGAAGGAGGCACUAGACCAGCUACUUGGGCAGAUAAAAGAAGCCCACCGACACUGCGUCUGCCAUGAACAGUGCAAAGCUCCACCACAGAGCAGGAAGCACUCAGUGUCCAAGAGUCUGCGGCACCUUUUCCAGCCCACAAACAAAUUUGUCAAAAGCUUGAAAAGAGGUCUCUACCUGGCGUCCAUAUUCUACCGAGACGAUAAUGUGUUGGUGACUCCAGAGGAGCAGAUUCCUAUUGUGGAGAUUGAAGAUUCAUACUCCAGCUCACUGAUGCAGGACUUUCUGUGGUUUACCAAGGUGUCCUAUCUAUGGGAGGAGAUUUCCUGGCUGCAGCAGUGCCUCAGUCCUUCCCAGACAUCAUGUUCAUGCACUCUGCAGACUCGCCUCAAGAUGCUGCAGGCUGUCUCCCAUCUACAGGGAGCGCUGGGAACCCAGGACCUCGGUCAGGUGUAUUUUGAGCCAAUCAAAGACAAGCAUGGUAAUGCCCUGUUGGUGCUGCUGAAGGACAUGAAUACCUCUCCCAACCUGGACGGGGUGCGCUGGACUCAGCUUUGUAAACUGCAGCUCCAACGAAAAUCUAUAUCAUCCCCUGAAGAGCCCACUGCGUUGGACAUGCUCCUCAUCACGCUUCAUGAGAAACUGGCAUACCACAGGCGGAGCAGGAAGCUUUUGUCUCCAGGCUUAUACCUGGGCUACCUGAAGCUGUGUACAUCAGUGGAGCAGAUAAGAGCACUGGUACCCCAGAAACUCCCCAACGUGCUCUGUCAUACCAAAAUUCGAGACAACAGUAAUGUGUCCAGAGAGGAGUGGCAGUGGCUUCAGGCCCUCAGCUCUCUGGAUGAGUCGCUGGAAAUGGACCAUGACGUACAGAGUGCUCCCCAUCGCCUCCUACAGGACCUGCGCAGUGCCAUCAAGGACCUGAUAGCUCACAUCAACGUUCCUGGCAAUCAGGCACAGGACUUCCGUAUUUACAGCCAGGAAGUGUUGGAGUUUGGGGAGAAAGUAUCUUUCCUUCUCCUCCUGCCACCUUCAGAUGAAGUAUGCACAGCUCCUGGUCAGAAUAAUCCAUACUCCCCCCGCUCUGGCUUCCUCACACUGCCCCUGCAGAUCUUUGAGUUGGUCCACUUUAAUGCCUAUUGCCCCAGUUUCAUCGGCCAGUACUGCAGGGUGUCCGCCUUGCUGGAGCUGGAGUCCCUCAUGUCUCAGCAGGCACUGCGGGAGGCGUUCUCUGAAGCUGAGCUCCUUGCUGCCAAGAAGAAACACCAACAAGUUCAGGACCACAUACAGCAAAUGGAGGAGGUGUGGCGGGAUGUGAGGUGGAUCAUGGAUGCCUUGCAGUAUGCCCGCUACAAGCAGCCAACAGGAGGCAUCUCUGUAAGCUGGAUAAUUGACUUCUCUAAGGAAGUGAUGCCUGAAAAGCCUCCCUCUACCUCAUCUCAACCAGACUUCAUGCCCUCCCCUGUGCCUUCACCUGAACCCUGCCGCAAGCACUCAGAUUUUGCUGGUCUCUCAGAUGAGGAAGGCUCCUCUGAAGUUUUCCUCACUACUGACAGUGACUAUGACUCCAGUCGUGCCCAGAGCCCCCGUGAGCUGGACCUGUUGCCCCCUUCACCUCUCUCGUCCUCUGCACCCCUGGAGCCCCGUGGUUUCCUGCGUAUUGAGGGGAGUGGUUCAGGAGGAGGGAUGCAUCUCAGUGGGGGUGGACGUGGAGGGGGAGCGCUGCGGGAUUCUACACCAGACGUCCUUCAGGCAUCAGAGCCGCAGCACGGGAGAGAAGGUGAGAGGUGUGGAGGAGGUGGAGGGUUUCGAUGUGGAGGAGAAAGGCGAAGGGGGGCUCCGGAGCUGCUUGACAGUGACUUCAUCCUGCCCAGCAGGCAGAUUGAGCUUUUGCACAUCACAGAGAAAAGACAGGCCUUCUGUGUGAGGACCAGCAGUCUAGAGUUCCCUUCCACCACGUCAGCCCACCAGCAGCCUUACUCCUACCACACUAAUUGCCCUUCACCCUCCACUUCACCGCAGCAAAGAUGGCACAGGCCCUCAUCAGUAGACCGCUGUUGUUCCGCUGAACGCUGCUUACCACGGCUUCCACCGGCACGCACAUUAUCAGAGGACAGCGGCACUCAGAGACUCGCCUCACCAUCGCCUGCUGCUCUCAGGAAAGGCUGUCAUGCAACACUCAGAGUCUACCCGCAGUAUCGUACAGGUCUGCCAAAGGAGACCAGCGUUAAGCUUUGUGUAACUCCAGGCACAUCCGCACGGGAGAUGGUCCAGCUGGUGGUGCAGGAGAUGAACGUUGUGUCUCGGCGCAUGAUGGGCAGCAGUGGAAAUGGCGAUGAACAGGAGCAGUGUGUUUACUACAGUCCUGAACAGCUGAAGCACUUUGGCCUCGUGCUGAUUGUGGACGACAGAGAAAAGUGGCUUCAGGAUGACUUCUGUCCCCUGGAGCUUCAGAACCCCUGGCUGAGGGGCAAACUGUGCGUUCGUAUUAAGGAGUAUUCACCACUAGCGCUCAAACACAGCCGGGCCACCACAGUGUGAUACUUCCAGGAGUGAGAGGGGCAAAGUUUAAGAGUUCGUGCCAUGCCGAGAUUCUGUUUUGAUAAAUGUACCGAACUAUCACGCUGUCUGCAGGCUCCUAAACUCUAUAAUUUUUUCUCUCUCACUGUGUUUAUACCGUCUUCAGCUGCAGCUAUAUGAUGUUGUCAUAUUUUCUGCUGUGUUCUUGUUAUCUGAAAUGCUACUCUGAGAAUCUGUUUCCAUGAAAUCUGUUCUCCCAUACGUAGGACCUUUUUUUAUGAACAUCAGAGACCCUCAUAUGGACACCAAAUGAACAAUAACAAAGUAGAACAAAGAGAAAACAGUUUUUUUGUGCUGUCAGAAGUCAUUGGGUAAAAGAUUGUGAUGCUGAGCAAGAUUAAUGGAGCGUCUCUUUGACUUCUGGCGUGAUUGACGCCAGCACAUCGAGCCGUGCGUAUUGCCAAAAUGACAUGGGCAGCAUCAACGCCUCCCCAGCCACACGCGGACACGGCUUUUCCUAUGAACUCUCUUAUUCUGCUGUCGGCUCCAGCCGUCCGUCCCCAUGUUCCCAGGAUGUGGGCUCUGGACCUGGCCCAGGAGGCAGGGGGAGUAGGGGAGAAGUACAGAGGUGGCUGGCGUCUCUGCUGGGGGAUGCAAUGGACCCGACAAUCUGGCCCGUCAGCUUGUCACUCGACUGCUCUUGGCCACUGUACUGUCUAGUAGCAAGCAGCCAAGCAAGGAAUUGAGAGUAUGAUAGAGAGUGAGAUUGAGAAAGAAGAGUGAAUAGGAGGAGGGUGGAGGUUACAUCACACAAAUCCUGGCACUAACUCUGGUGCUCCUUUUCUCCCUUUUGCAGCAACAAGUCCGCUGUGUAGUAGACUUAGUCAUAGUGUAGCUAACUAAUAUGAUCAUCUUGUGAAGAAACACAAAAUAAAACCAGCUGAUUUGGGUUUUCAAAA